AAGCUCAGUCAGAGCAAAGGAGCAGCUGAGAGAAGAGGGAACGGGGAGGGAAACGGGAGCUGCAGCAACAACACAACAAAUCACUCCCAGUGUCUGAUGUGAGACUCGCACGUGGCUUUGGACUCGGUCGGAGCAGUCAGAGGGAAACACCUGAACUGUGUUAGACAGAGACAGAGGAGCACACCUGUAGAGUUUGGUGAUUUGAGUACCUAAAAGGAGACAAGAAGUCAAACUUGGACCUCAUUCAUCUCCUCUUGGGUGCAGACUUGAGCAGAUCUGAACACUGACCUGCAUCUUCUUGUGAACUUUUGUGGAUUUUGCUGCAGACUGGAGCUCAGAGUGAGGAGCAGCGGGCGCAAAAAGAGAAUAUUGCCAUCCAUCUCUAGCCCACCCUCAGCUUUGGACUGCCUGUAUUCUUCUGCCCCCCUGUAUCCCCCCCCUACCCAACCCCUCCUCAUCCCCUCCUCCUCUACACCUCACCCCCCAACAGAGCAGAAAGCGUGAAAAAUCUCACUAAUGGGUUUAUUUGCUGUCAGAUCUGCGCCGAUCUGUCAUUCCCUUGCACCAUUCUGCUUGACACAUUUCAUAGUUGAGUAAGCCUCCUCUAGCUUUCUGGCUAGAGUUAACAGUGCCCCUGCAACGUUGCGCUGCCUGAGAGCUCAUCAAGGAGGGAGCGACGGCAGCAGCAGUCAGUCUGACAGUCUCUUGGACAGGGAGUCCCUCAAGCUGCAUUCCUCUGGUCUCCUUCCCGAGCCUCGCGGGCAUCCCCUCUGAGUUCUGAUUCUCCGCUGAAGAUACGGGCUGUUGCUGCAGGGAUUGAUUGAGAAACAGAGUGAAGAUGUGGUGUGCUGCUGGGCCUCUGGCAGUGGUGGCUGCAGUGUUUUGGACUCAGUGCGUCCUUCUGGAUGGAGUGGAUGCCAAGAAGGAGAGAAAGAGGCCAAAGGAGGCCACACCGCAGCAUACUGAGACCUUCAACGCCACUCUGUCCAACAGCGAGGAGGUCGGAGGGAGCAUCAAGGUAGAGUCACAAAUCCUCUGAAAAUGUAAAAUAGAAAUAAUCACAAAUUUUAUAUUUUGAUAUCCAUUUACCACCACCUGUUGUUUAUGCUCUAUGUUCUUCUGAUGGUUUUCAAUGUAGAAAUAGUGAUGGUAUUUUCUGCAUGCUGAAUAAAUAAUGAUCUUGCGUGCUCAAUAAGACAAGUUGUUCCUUCAAGAUAAUUGUUUUAUGCACAGCGUAUGAUUGUCUCGUGUGCACUGGUUAAUAUCUGAUGGAGCAAAUUACUUUUCUUGUGCACCAUGUUGACACAAGUUCAUAGCUUGAGCAAUCAAGAUUAGAACUUGUGCCGAAAAGAUAGUAAUAUUGUGCACAAAACUUAUUAGCACUAGUCGAUAAGCUACGAUCUUGUGUGCACAAGAUAAUAACUUGUGCACAAUAAAAUUUGAAAUUGUGUGCACAUUAUGAUUACAUUGUGUGCACAAGUUUGUCUUUUGGGAACAAGAUAGGUAUCUUGCACAUCAUGAUCAACACUUGUGCACACAAGCUAUUCAAUUGUAAAGCUAAAGUAUUGAUAUGAUGCACAAGAUACCUAUCUUGUUCCCAAAAGACAAACUUGUGCACACAAUGUAAUCAUAAUGUAUGCACAAUUUUUUAAAAAUGUGCACAAUUUGUUGUCUUGUGCACACAAUGUCAUAGCGUAUUCCAACAAGAUCUUGCAUGCUCCCACUAAAGACUUAAAGUUACUAACCUGCUAUCGACUUGUGCCGACAAGCUAAUAAGUUUUGUGCAUAACUUAACAGUUUGUGUGCACAGGGUAUGAUCUUGUGUGCACAAGAUGAAAACUUGUUUAUAAGAGAUAAUUUACUCAAAAAAAAAAAAAAAAAAGAUAUUUUAAAAUCCUUGUGUGGGAAACAACAUUUUAACUUGAGCACACAGGAUCAUAGCUUAUUCCUACAAGAUGAUUAUAUCCUGUGUACAAUAUCUUGAGACGAUAAGACCGUUAUCUUGUAGAAACAAUCGAGUUAUCCUAUCUUAUCUAGUUACCCCGUCUGUGCAAGAUAUUACCGUAUCCAAAACAUUCUCCUGUGAGAACAAGUUGUUUCCUUCUGUGUGCGCACAACUUUUUAAUUUUUGUGUAUAAGACGAGAACUUGUCCUCACAGAAUAAUCAUGUUCACACAAGAUAGUUUUUCUUAUGGGCACACCUUUGUAUCUUGUUCUUGUACUUUUUGGGUCUUCAGGGGCUCCCUAGAUAACAGAUCUGGGGGGACUUUUUAAUCCUUGAUGAACUCAAAGGAUCAGAAAACAAAGAGGACAUCCGUUUAGAGCUCGGGUUAACUCUAAAGAGAUAGUUGCACCUGAUCUUUGUUGAUAGAUUCACAGCAAAACACUCAUUUCAUCUUAUUGUUUUGUUUGUGGAUCAUUUUGACCGACAUGUAACGACACAGACUGGCCCUUUAAUUCUCAUGAAACAUUUUGUGAUGGCACAUUACAUACUACCUCCAUAAAAUCCAUCUGAAUCUGCAGUUGACAACACUGGAAAAAGUCCAAGUUUCGUGAAUGCCUAUGAAGGGAAUCAUGCCUGAGAUAUGUGCGUAUGUCUUGUCAGCACAGGCAACAUGCAGGGCAAAUGAAUUGUGGCAAAGGUAAAAGCUAGGACAGGACAGGUGUGCCCUUCCAGGUCAAGCUUCAGACAGCGAGGAGGACCAAAAAUGUGUGAAACACUGAAUGGAUGACUUCCGGAGGUAUGCCAGGAAUGUGGAUGUCCAAAGGCUGAUCAAUGCAUCAAUUAGCGCGCGCUGCGGGUGUCUGCCACCAAAAUUUUUCCAGCCUGUGUGAAAACAUCAGGACAGAGGCAGGAACGGGUUUCAAAACACCUCAAUCUGUUUCAGGAAAUCAAGUUUAAACACUGACUGAAACUUUUAUAUCAAGAGAGAGAACAGCAUGAUGACAAAGCUGAAAUAUAUCGCCUGUAACUGAAGACCAGCGUUGUUUUCCUCUUGCAAAACUGCUUUCCAGUGGUACAACUCCAUUUCCAGGAGCAACAGUCGGCCCCUGACUUUGUUAUUUAUUGGUUUAUUGCUGGUGUUGCAUAUUUGCGAGGGUUUCCAAUGGCCUAUUUGUUUUGCUUUCAGCCCACCCAUUAUGUUGGCAUUCUCAUAUAACUCUCACUGCCCUAUAUACCAGCCUGCUGCUCCGACCAGCAGCCGCUCUCAGGAAUCCUAACCGUAACCUUCGCCGCACCCCCCCUCUCCUCUACAAGCCAAGCAGUGAGGUCUCCUUUGUAUCUUUAAGAACACAUUGUAGGUGGUUGCGGCCUGGUGGUGUUUAUUUGACUUGGUUCGCCCUGUAAAAGCAGAGGCUAUGAAGGAUGACCUUGUGUCAACCCUGAAGCCUGUUGAAGAUUGCGCCCCGCUGGGGUUUCACUCCUCCGUCUCGUCCCACAGGGGAGCCGGGUGUCUUCACAAACUCCCCCCCUCCUCUCCUCGCAGGCCUGCCGCCGUGAUGUAACUCCUGGGAAAGUUAGGUGGGCAGAUAUUUAAAGACCUAUGGCGAUGUUGUUCCCAGCCCAUUGAUUCUGUCACUCACAGGCCCCAGUCUGACUCCGCUGUGUCUGGGACAUCCGAUAGGGGCGGUGCGGCCCCGAAAACUGGGGCAGCAUGCCGUGUAAGCCCCUCACAAAGCCCCAUAGAAAGGGUCCUGAAAGAGAACACCUCGGCGAGGAUUAGCCCCCUGUGCCUCCCUCUCCAACAUUCUUUUCAUCUCAUCUCCCACAAUCACAGGGUAAUGACAUAAUCACUCUUAAGACGCUGUGUUGUGCCAGAUAGUGUCAUUGCCAAACAUUGUCACCUCUGACGAGAACCUGAGCUCGGGGCUUGACCUCUGUGGAAGUGGUCGCAUUUGUAAGUGCCACCUUAUCCAGGUUUCUGUAUUGAUGCAAAAAAAAAAGAAGAAGAAAAAGAAAAAGAAAAAUCCUGCCACACACGGUGAAAAGUAGCUGCUUUUCUCUGCUAGGUUUGUAAGUUUAUCCUUUACACAUGUGUGAGCUCCCACAGAAAACAACACGUCCGGUGGAGAAGUCUUGGCAAGAGACUUGUGUUCUCAAAAAAGGCCAAAUAUUUACACUCCACAUUUACAUGUUUUUCCCUUGUGCCCAGUGGAAACAGUGGAAACAGUUCUGAUGAUGGCAUUCGCUCUCUAUCUCACCGAUCCUGUGUGUGGGCUGUUGGCACCGAGCAGUCGUACUCCGCAUUCCUGAGGAGAUUUUUUUCCAUUUGAAAGUGAUCACAAUAGCGAGGUGUGGAGUUGCGCGGCGAAAGGAAUUCCUUUUUUUAUGACAUGAUAACAUUUCAAACAUGUCUGAUCUCUGUGUUACACGGCAAAGCGUCCCAUAUAUAAACCUUAUUGCUCUACGCUCUGAAGAUGAGAGGGAUCUGUCAUUGCUGAGAGCACUGAGGGAUCUGUGAUGGCUGUAAUUGAGGGAGUCAAGUCAAACAUCACGCCUGGCGUGUUGAGUAAUGGCUGGGUUGAGCCCCAGGCGAGGGUUUUUGUUUCCUCUCUCUCAUCCCCAGUGAUGAUUAAUGCGGCAGUGUGUGGGACCUUUUGGAUCAACACACACUGGAGACAAGACCGAGUCCCAGAGGAGACCGAACCGCAGGGAGAGCGUGCACCUUUUAGACUCGACUCACGGUGUGAACUAGCUUUAGUCUGCGCUGAAGCCGGUGAACUCUGCUUUCAGCAUGACAGACCACUUAAAAGGUUAUGCUUAUUUAACAUUUAAUUAACUAAUGAAGUCAUCUGAAAGAGAAACAAAUAAUAAACAGUCUUUUGUCCUAACAUGUGAAAUCUGCAAGUAAAAUAAACCUCAGUGUUGUCUUUUCCUCUCGCAGACAGAGAGGGGCUGUUUUAUUUGGAUUUCGUUACAUUUAUAAUAGCUCCAGAUUGAUGUCAGAUUUAUAGAAAUCCUUUAAUCUCGCCUGAUUCUUAUCAUGUGCUGGUCAUGUUCCUGAAACCGUGAUUUAAGAAUUAUAGCUGCACUUAACAGUACAUUGGCUGACUGUGGCUUCAAGUAAAAACAAGUCCGACGCUGACGAGACAACAUAAAGAGACCUGCAGUUCUUUAGGAUUUACAAUGUGCAGUUAUACGCAGGAGAAAUCAAAUAAAACUGUUUUAGAGAGUGUCGACAUAUAUACGGUUUCGGCGGAGAGGACAAAUUUAAGAGACGGUUAAUAUCAACCACACCAAAGAUGCCAAAAAACAAGAUUAUUGAAUACUUUCUUAUUAGAAGGAGACUCCUGGUCACAUUUCUGCUGAGAAAAUCUGUAUCUGUCGACUCUGCGGUUAAUAUAAAACUACUUCCAGUUUAGUUUAGCAUGAAAAAAAAGACAUUUAGAGUGAGUAAUAUGCUAGGACAUGUUUCAAAUAUAGUUGUUUUUGCACAAACUUUCACAACUGGUUAAAGACCCCGACGAUAAGUCGCAUUUUUUCAUCGUUUGGCAGGGUUUGUGACUUAUGCUCAGGUGCGACUUACACAUAUUGAAAUAUAUAAUUUCACACUUAUGACUUUAAAGCUGAGGAUGACAACUUUGGAAAAAGUUCAGCAAUGUCCCAUUUCAGUGCAGACGUGAAACUCUUUCUUGUAUCUAUUAUCAUGAUUUUGCAGCUACACAUAUAGCAAUUCAGCGAAGCAUUUGGUAGCAUUGAAGGCUGUUGGGUGCAGAAGUCGCACUCUUCAAGCUGUUCUUUCAAUGCAUGAUAAUUAGAGAUGCACUGAUCCAUUUUGUCCGAUCCAAUCCAAUACCAAUACCUGGGCUAAGCGUAUCGGCUGAUAUCCGAUACUGAUCCAAUACUACUGUUGAAUGAAUGAACUGUAUACCUUGCCCUGUGAGUGAAGACAUCAGGCUUGACAUUAAAAGUAAAAAAUUAACACAGAUAUAAAUCUACUUAAUAUUAUUUAUUAACAAAUAACAAAUCAGCACACGGCAAAAAGAAGUAAGACUUCCAUGUAUUAAAAGAAAAAAAAGACUGGAUCAGAAUGCUGGAUCGGCGUCGUUUCUGAUCCAGUUGAUUUGUCAAUAUCGGAGUCGAUAUCCGAUCCAAAUAAUGGAUCGGUGCAUCCCUAAUGAUUAUAACCCAAUAGACGAGAAAAGCAGCCCACUUCACAGACAACAAAAACUGUAUGAAAAGCGUGUCUUAAACAAUCUAUUGCACGGUAUUUCUACACGGACUUUUGCAGCACCACACAGUUUAAUUUCUAGGAUAAUAAAAAUGAGAAAUCGACCGUUUGUACUUAUCCAACAAAACGCAAAAUGAAUCACGCUGAAGGAGGGGGAUCUGAUCUGCCUGCAGUAAAACCUUGAGACAAACCUGAGUACCUGAGACGCAUCAGGAUCACUGGAGCUUUUCAACAGCUCAUUUUACCUACCACAGGGAAAAUGAGCACUCACUCCAAUUUCAAAGCUAUAAUUCAUACACAAAACAGAUGUUACACGACACUCAAGGUUUCUUUCAGCUUAUAUUACCUCUUCAAUCAAGAGGAAGCAAAGAUCGUCUGCAGCGAUUCCCCGAGUGUAAACACAAAUUUAUUCACUUUCUCUCGCACAUAAUGAUCGCAUACAGCCGAGCUCUGUUGGGACAACAGUGAAGUUAAAUUCAGGCCAUGUAAUAAAAAUGUUCAACUAUGUCAUUAUGUAAUAACAAUGUUCCAUUUACACUUCCAAACGGUGCCACCUCUACAUUUGUUGGACAAAUAGCAGCAUCCUUGUAGCGCGACAGAGUAAUUAUGUUCUGCACACUGCUCUUGCCAAUCGAGUAAUAACACAGUGAGGGGAGAACAGAGUCAACAUUGCAUGCCUGACGGUGUUUAGCUCUGCGGUGCUAAAUCCUGGAGGCAGUGUGUGUCUAUGAAGCGCAGCGGCGAGGAACACAGGGUGGAUACAUGACAACUGGGAUGCACGCAGGUUGCCAGGAUCCCCUCGUCCCGCACGGCCCAGGGAUCCCUGCCUCCAGGGGUGGGAGCAGCCCGACGUUAGGCCUGUCCACCCAUGCAUGGAUGACUGCACAGGGAGCAGUCCCGGGAUGUAAAAACAAGGGAUUAUAGAAAGCUCUCCAUCAUGCUGUCUAAACCUUAAACCUGCCUGUGCAACAUUUUUUAUCAGCAGAGGAAAAAAAAAGUUUCAUGUUGCUAGUGUUUAAAGACAGGUAGAAAAAACAGAUAGCGUGUUAAAGAAAACAAGAUAAGUUCAGCGGCGCACAUGGGAGCAUUCAGGAGCAGCCUGCAACGGAGUAGAGUUUCAGUAUCUGCUUGUAGCCCCGGAGACGUGUUUUAACAGUUGUGUUUGUGUUUUUGGUGGCACGCUGCCCCAGGGAAAUAUUUUCCCUUUUUAUUGCUUCAAAUAAAUUCAACCUAAUUUUCCCCAAACUACAUGACAAACACACUUAAAGCAGGGCACACAGAAGAUUAUUCAUGCAGACCUAAAUCCUUCUUUUCUGGGUAAUAAAAUCCCAUAAGGCCUCUGUGAAACCUCAACAAUGAUUAGACCUGAAUCACUAAUUGAUCCAAAACUCCAAACUCACGGUGCUGCUGGCUGAUCAAAAUAAACUCUGCUCAUUUUUAGUGUGUUUUGUGGGUACGAGGAGGAUAAAAAACUGCACUGGUACUAUUUUUAAGGUACUAACUGUUCCCACUUAUUUCAUUACUCACCUAACAAUCCAUUUAAAGUGUCAUGUGGUGACUUUUGGUGGGAUUUGGCGCUGUACAAAUAUACAACUGACUGAUUAAAUUCCCUCUUAGAAUGAUCUUGUUAUACCUUUAAAAGUCUCAAUGUGGUAUUCUAAUUAUUUAACAGCUUAAUUUAAGUUUAGCUUUAUUUGUGAUUUCAAUACAUUUAAGUCAGAAAUCACUCCAUGGCAACUAGAAGAUAGUCCAAUAAUCACUUUCUUUUAAGCUCCACCAACUGAUCAUAAUAUGUGCCUCACUGGCAACUUAAGGGCCUGUGUCCACUAAAGUCGCCCUUUGAAUAAAACCAAUGAAAUUCAGCGCCCUCAGCUAAAAAAUAUCCUUGGUGUCAGAUGAUCUUGCUGCUACACCCAUAAAACCUUAAAUUAAAAAUCGUUCAAUUAGGGUGGAAUUAACAAUAAAGGAACACCGCCAGCGUCAAUUCCCCUACCUGAUCAAUCAAAACCAAUAAAGGCCAGAGCUGCUGAUAUUAAAUCUGUCAACACCAAUGACAGAGGAGAGACUAAUCAAAACAUAAUUGAUCAUCAAUACCAAAAGAAUUGGAAGUCAAAACCUGGAAGGAGAGAGACACUCAGAAACUGAGGUUUUAGGUGCGGCCAGUGCCAAAAAUAAAGAUGCUGUCAGUGGACACAGGCCCUAAUAAUGAAGGACUUGAUUUCUUACUUAGAUUUAACUUAAAUUACUUCAGUUUACUUGAAUCUAUGCAGAACUAAUCACCACUACCAAAAGUCAAAAACUGGUAGCAGAGAAACACUCAGAAACUGAGGUUUUAGGUGCAGCCAGUGUGAAAAAUCAAAAUGCUGUCAGUGGACACAGGCCCUAAUGAUGAUUUCUUACUAAUAAUUAACUUAAAUUACUUCAGUUUACCUCAAUAUAUGCAAAGCAGCCUCAAAGUAAUUAUAAUUUUUUCAUACUAGUCCUUUAAAAGUGCCCCCAAUGGAACAGAACACAAAUCUACAUAUGGUACAUUGUACAUUGUAAAAUACAAAUGUAAUAUCAUAGCUAACCUGUCGGUCAAGUUCCUUCACUCUUAUACUGAUGAUACUGUUUUGUACUUUUCUGGCGUGAAACACUGAAUACUGAAACUCUACUUGUGAUGAAAUAUCUUUCACACUGUUUUGUUGCUCUUUCAGUUACUAGGAUAUGAAUACCUCGUCUUAACUCCGGCCACAAUGCAGCCCAUUCUUCAGAUCCGAGCCUCGGUAAUGUGUCAUGAUUUCGAGCCUCAUCAGUGAGGAUAAACACUGUCUGGGAGACUUAAAGUUUCUCACCUUUUGUCAGAAACCCCUGACACAUUUCUCUGUUGGCUCUCGCUGGAAAAGCGUGCGCUCACACCUGCUGACAGACGAGGCCACUUUGAGGCGCUCGUACCUGGGUCUGCUCCACUUUGUUCACGGGUUGUACAUGAUGGUACAGAGCUAAGCGAGGGAAUCUACGGUUUGUUUUACGCCGCAGUCAGAGCAGCGAGGGAGGCACUGAUGGUGUGGUAUGGUUUUCAUGAGUCUUUGAUGUUCUCAGUCGAGACAGAAACUCACCUGUUUACAAUGAAUCAGAAAAGUUUUUGGCAAGUUGUGUGAGCCGUACCAGCUGUCAGGUCUAUGUAGAGUGUGUUAAGUUAAAACAGUACAAAGGCUUGAAACAAGAGCACAAGAUAGAGAGAAAGAGGAGAGCUCCUUAAUCAGUGAUACGCUGAAAUCAAGGUAAUAAUUACUUUGGUCAUAACCUUUCUAUCUUGAGCGCAGAAAUCCUCGAGGGCAGAGUUUUAAUGGUUUAAUUACACUGGCGUGUGUUAAAGAGAAUAACAAGCUCAGAGUGUGGCUGAUUUCCUGGCAGUGAUACGCCGUCUUUUUUGUUAUUAUGACGUAAGAAAAGGUUAAGAGGUAAUUAUAAGUCAUAUGUGUGGCCUAACUUGUGCUGCUUUAUAUCUCUGGGAAAGAAAGCUGAUGAUCUUUGACACUUUUAUAAACACAUGAACAAAUGUGAAGCUUUGGCAGUCUUUGGAAUAAUCAUCUUCUGGCUCUCAGGAUCAGAUGGUUGUCUCUUUUUUAAAUUAUAAGCUUUCUUAAAGAGCCAAACAGGAUUACAGACAGUGAAUUGCAAGAAACACCUCCCAAACAAACUAAUAUUUUCUCACAAUAACAAAAUUUCACUCAUACAUACAUGCAUUACAUUAUAAGAAACAGCCGCCAGCAGCUUGUUAGCUGGUCCAAGCCUGGAGACAGGGAAACAGAUCCCCCUGACAGCUACACUGAGUACUAUUUGUAGAAAAAAAAAGUUAAAUUGAAGUCUGGGCUAUGACGACCUUUAUAUAGUCUGGAAACUCCUGGCAGUUGUAUGAUUGCAGAGGUGGUUAUGUGAGCACAAACACUGUUAUUCCCUGGCAGUAAAGCACCGUUAUGUUUCAAUGAGGCAUCAACGCAGCAACAAGCUGUGGUUUGGGGAAAGACUUUUGAGCCUAUGUGGUGAGUUCCACUAAAGAGUCAUGUGUUUUUUACGCAUGGCUGCCUGAGAUUACAGUAGUCCAGUAUCGCUGUGCCUCUUGCACUAAAAUUUCUCCUUACAGUUGCAAAAGGGAGAGCCAAAGUAGCUUCUUUACAUGAGCCAAGCUAAUUAUCGCCAGCUUUGACUUCAUAUUAGCAGACAAACAUAUAAGGCAUUUUAACCAUUUGUGUACAAAAUGCACCAUAGACGGGUUUCGUGUGUACAAACAAUACUAGGUGCCAAGCAACCAUGAAGCAAAAGCCUUCUUCGGAGUGAACUGAUAUCAAUGAAGAUGCUGUAUUGUUUGCAAGUUCUCCCUGACAAAAUUGCAAUAAAAUGUAAUUUCAUUGAAAAGUUGCGUUGUCUGUCAUUGCAUCGAAAUCAGAAAAACAUUUGCUGAAAUGUCCAUGAAUUUCAAUUUACCAGGUUGUGACGUUGUUGUUUUAGAUGUUUCUAAUAUCAGGAGCAGAGUCGUAAUGUUUGCCGAUUGUUUGUUUUGCAGAUUCAUGCACUUUACAGCAAAACAGCUCCUUAUCAUUUUCUUUCUCCCUCGACUCCGCUAGUAAACAAAUAACAAAUGUUCCGCUUUGGUACGUGGAACUACGUGGAACUGUUUUAAUCUAUAUUUGUGGAUGCAGCAGCAGACUAUAUCAACAGAUGGUGGUUUCCCACUGCGCAAUGCAACGUCGAAAUGACAUCUAUUUAACAUAUUUUUUGGACGAUGAGGUAUAAAUGUGGACCUCAUUUCAACGUCUAAAAGAGGUCUAAUAAUGACGUCCAAAUCUCGGAUCCAUUUUGGAUUCUGCUUUAAACUCUAAACAUCAGAGCGAUGUCUAAACAAGGUCCAAUUUGGACGUCAAAUUUCUAACCUACGCACUGACGUCUAGAUGUGGUCUUUGACAGACCAACCCAAUACUGACUUGAUCUGCACGUCUCUUCGAUGUCCAGUGUUUGGUCGUCCAGUAACAAAAAGCUUAUCGCAGAACUUACACCUGAAUUUAUUUACAAAACAAGAAGACCCCUGAUUGGUUUCCUCAAACUGGAAUAGUCUUAUGAUCUUACUAGACACGGGCCAUAAAAACUUGAUUAUUUUUGAAUUUUUGUAGCGUACAUUCACCAAGUUUGUUCUCUUUGAAAUAAGUCCAACAUCCUGAUCCAAGAGACUUAUCUUAGCUCGCUGCAUUGGCGGCCAUUUUUACUCAUUAAGAUCAAUUAUGUCCUCAUUGUUGUUGUUGUUGUGUAAUAUCUUGAAAUAAGAUUUAUAUCAGGUCUCGUAAGGUCAGCGGACUUUCAUCAAGAGUAAUGGGAUGUUUUGACUAGAAAUUAGACAAAUACACUGGCAACAGUCUGAGGGUUGUUCGUGUUAUAAAAACACGGCUACAAAUGAGUGAUAAUGCUGCUCUAUAAUUGCCGUGUCUCUAACGAGCAGCUGUUCCCCAUGAUCAUUUAAAAGGUGAUGAUUAGCCAAUGUUGUUUUCACAACUUGUUUUUCUCACUGCCCUCCAGUUGCCAAACCAAUCAGUUAAUGACAGGUUUGAGCACUUUGCAAAAUGUUAAAGUAUUCCUGUAUAGCCUACAGGACUGACAUGUUGAUGGGGAUGAAAAAUCGACAUGGCGGAGGAAAAAGCAGUUUAUCCCACAACCUCCCGGUCUUAUGGAAACAGUAUUUAGCACAGUAAAGUAGUCUUGUCUUGACCAAAUCAGCCUCUCUUUUAUCUCUUUCCAAGCCUCAAAAUCACAACAAAAACACAGAGGGAUCCGACAUGCAGCCAGCCCAGCGCCUGUUAAGUUGUUUAUUUUGUCUGCUGUCAGAGGAGAGGCUCGCAGAGAGAGAGAGACUGCUGAAAAUCCCAAACAUAAGGACGGUUUUUAUUCCACUAUAUUGCAAAGACAAACAAGGAGUGACUUUGUUGCGGUGGAAGAAGAGGCGAGUCUUUGACAGUGAAGAAAGGAGCAUGUUGGUUUUGCAGAUAAGUGAUCCGUGUCCCGCUGCCAAACCUAAACAAAUUCCAUUUCAGGCAGCUCACCUCCGCGGCUCGUCUUUAUCUCCUCCUCUAUCUCAACUGGAGGCACUUGACAUUUUGGGGAAGGGUUGGGGUUAGAUUCGAGCUCUCUGUGAUUGGCCUCCAUUCAGCCUCACAUUUUACUGAAAUGAAAACAUGCCAGUUGUAGCAAAGGAAGGUCGUCUCGGAGUGUGUUUCUUAUCUCUACGGCAGAUCCCAGCCUCCUUUACAGUAAUUUAUUAUAAAUAUGUCGUUUCAGAUAAGAAGACACACGAUAAGGAAACAGACUAACAAUCCUAAAUCAUGCAUACCCCCUUCAUCUUUACUCUGCGUAUACGUUUGAUUAAAUUCUCCAACAAAACAUAACCGGGGUGAGCCGUACUAAUAAGAAAAAAUACCAGUUUGUCUUGAGGAGAGGGAGGACGUGUCGGCCUUUCUGACAUGUUGUUAUAAAAUACAGUGAUUGAGGUCUGCAGCCCUCAGAAUCUACAUGAGCAGACUCAUUUUUCACCGCAGAGCUCAUGGAAAUUUGAAUGUGCUGAAAACAGAAAUCGCUCGACGCAGUUUGUUUACAUUCAUCCGAGCUUAUUGAGCAAAUACGACCCGACGUGGCACCUGAGUGAAUUACACGGGAACGAAAAAAUAAGCAUAAGGUGAACAUAUUUAAAGGAGAACGACGAGUGAACUUAAACAGUGAAGCGAAAAAGGCUCUUGGAGGAAUUCGAGUCAACAGAUCAGGACGGAGAGAAAGAGGUUUUCCUUAUGUGACCUUCUUUGGUGUCUGGCACCAGUUAAUUGUUUCUGAGGACAAUAUUUUCCAGUGAUGGUUUGGAGGCAGAAAUAACCAUUCCUUGAAUUUACCUUCUUCUCACGUUCCAUAGUAAAACAAAAAUAGACCCAAAAGCUAGCUUAGAUAGAUCUAAUCGACAAAAGAGUCGGUAAGUCAAAAUACAGAACUGUCCAACUGGAAACCACAAGGGAUUACAGGGGAGAGGGCUUAUAAUACUCACAAAAAGACACAGAUUAGGGUUCAAGAGUUCAAGACUCAAAAGUUUACAACAAAAGAGGAACAGGAGUCAAACACGAACUAUUGGCGACAAGAAACUGUAACUUAAUGCUUAGAUAAUUGGGAGUGAAACAAGACAAGACCAAGAAAGUAGUACUUUCUCCAAAAAUUGUAACUGACAAUAAAUAUUAUACGUUCACUGUGAUUUUUUUUACAACUCCUUCAAUUCAUAUCGCUCUCAUAUCUCAGUCUUGGUUUUUUAAGUCUUGGAUUGGUCUUCGGAUUGGAUUAGUGAGGAAACAUGUUUUCUUUGUUUUAAUGCAGAUUUCUGACAGCCAAAGAGUGGAUCCACUGGGAUCGUGGAUGGACUUUGUCAAAAGACCCGGUGUCAACUUCCCUGGAAAGUGUCGCAAGCGCAAACGACCCCUGGUAAAACUUUUUUUUUUUUAAAUACAAGAAUAAUGUGUAAUUUCUAAAUAUCGACCAUAUUCUCAUGGGGAUACUCUUAAUAUGAUGUGAGAAGCCGUCUUACUGCUGCAUCCCAGGACAUAAAUUAUCUCAAAAACAACACAAGUAAAAGUAUUGGUGUUUUGGUUCACUGGUGACUUUCACUUAAAAACAUGGAUGUAGUCUUUGGGCGUCACUCACUGGUUUCUGAUGUGGAGUUAUGAAGCCUUUCAAUGGUAGUUACCAAAUUGAAAACACUAACUCAGCAAAACUCAUAUAUUAUAUCUUAAUAUCUUCAAAAAUGAUAAUAUAUAUAUAUAUUAAAAAAAGGUAUUUACACAAAACUGUUUUAAUUUAUUUAUUUUUUUGUACCAGGCUGUAAACAUAUUUAUAUUUGCUGUAAAAACUGCCGUUUUUAAAUGAGUGUGUAUGUGGUUUCUGUUGCUUUUGAAGCCGACCCCAAGUGGACAUUUAAGGAACUGCAGCUUUUAGCACUUUCAUAAGACUGGAGGUCUGAAGAAUUGCCAGUUUAAAGAGUCACUUAUUUAAUCGAUUGCUGCCAUGGGAAUAUGGUCAGUGACAUAGACGUAAAUUAAAAUAGAUGCUUUGAGUGUUGACGUAGAGUGAAGCCAAAAGAUUUAUAGCGCCCUCUACUGACUGACAGCAGAAUAUGCGAUAAACCUUUCAUGUAAACAGAUUGAAUUAUGGUCAGACUACAAAAUCAUGACAAUUCUUGCCCAAGUUUUCGUCUUUUUCAGAAGUUUAGUUUCAGUGUUGGUAUAUUUUUUGACAAAUAUGGCUCCUGUAGUGUUCUGUACUGGGUUAGAGAAAAGAAACUCUACCAGCCAGGUUGUUUCUUUAAACUGACAAAUUAUUUAAACUUGCAUUGUGUGUUUUUUUAUCAUGUUUAAUAAUAGAUACUGACUUUUACAUCUUUCUCCAACUAGCCGGGCCCACCUGGUCCUCCUGGUCCCCCUGGCCCCCAGGGACCCCCUGGCUCUCCUGGGGCUGAAGUGACCCAGGAAGUUCUCUUGCAGGAGUUUAAAGACAUGAUUAAAGGUAAAAACUCACACACAGCUCAGCAACUUUUUGGGCAGAGAGUUUGUUCUAGAAGUUUUGUUGUUGCAUCAGUAACUCUAUAAUAACCGGGUUUUGUUUCUGUCAGAGGCGACAGAGAGGAGAGCAGCAGCCCUGGACAGAACAGCCAGCCCCAGCCAACUACCUACAGCUCUCCUCACCCUGGAGGGGAUGACGUCCUACAGACGAAUCGAGGAGGCGUUCCACUGCAAGCUCAAGGGACCGGUGGUGGUCGACAAGAAGACGCUGGUGGAGCUCCAAAACUUUCAGACAGUAUGUUUGUUUGAAACCGAGUAAAUGUUUAUGAACUGGUUCGGCUUUGGUGCCUUUGCAUGCCUGAAAAAGAAGAAGAAGAAGAAAAGUUUGGCUUCUCCUCCUCCUCCUCCUCCUCCUCCUCCUCCUCCUCUGCAUGGUUACAGGCUUUUUUCUGACCCAUUUGCUCCUUUGUCUUAACUGUGUGUUUGGUAAUCAUCGCUCGGUUUGCAUGUUAGGGGUAAAAUCAUAAGAGGAUCAUCCCCUCGCUGGUAACUGGCACUGGCGAAGCGUGCGCUGCCACUCUAAGACUCGGGCUGGCUCUUUGGUCAAAAAUACCCACUUUUUCAAUUCUACACAUUAGUCUCUGGGCGGCAUACAAAAGGCACUCUGUCUGUGAGCUGGAAUAAAGUGUGGAGAGGACAGAAAUAGACACUGUUUAAAGCAGCAUGUUUUAGUGGAAGAACUAUGCCUUGUUGGGACGGGCUGACAGAGCUGCAGGAGGGAGGAUCAGGCUGGAUACUAAAUUAUUUAACAUGAUGAUAAAUAAAACGGUAGAAAACAAAUACAGAGAAACAACCAACAAUUCAGUGCUUGAAUAAAGAACACCAUGACCUACUGCUAUAGAAUGUAGAGACAUCUAUUCAUGUUUUCUAUGCUUUCAGCCUCCAGCUAAAGGAGCCUUCCUCAGAGGGUCGGGGAUGGACCAAUCCACGGGGAGGUUCACAGCUCCGAUUACAGGAAUCUACCAGUUCUCAGCUAACGUCCAUAUCGGUAAAUCCAACUUUACGUCUUAUUAAUGAUACAGAAAGAAACAAAAUGCUCCAAAAUACAGUACAACACAUGGAUUGUAAAUAAAGGCAGAAAUCUUACACUCUUAUGGGACGCUCACAUCAAGCGCCGGUAAAUCAUCUACUCGCUUAAUUCGCGCGAAUCUAGAUGCGUGCAUGAAUAGUAUUUACCCCCAAUUUCCACCGCAUCCCAAACAGCUACAAAAAGGCUGUAUCCACCGAUUGCAGCUGAUCAAAACCAUUCAUGUUAAUGUGUCGAUUUCCACCAGCUUCUUUUCGUUCUGCUGCGGAUUGCCGGACGAACAAGUAAAAGGUUUUUAGACAGCGAUUCAGCCCAAUGACACCAUGGAUGAGGAGAUGCUGAUUCUGGAAGUCUAGAAGUAGAUUUCCUCCUCUGGAAGGACACAAUUGACUGCUUUUAUGGUUAGCCUCUGUGGCUAAAGACAACUCGUUAUCGUGUGAUUGCACAUGAAUCUGCGGGUUCUUGUGAGUUCUCGCGCCAUAAUGCGCCAAAAAAUUUGCUUCACCAACGGAUCCGGUAGGAAUUGGCUGAUGGCGAAAAUCACUGCUGUUCCGGAUGUGGUGAAAAUUGGGGGUUACUCGCUUCAUUUGCGUGUCAACGGUAAUCCCUGCCAAUUCAACCAGCAGGGUCAAGUGACAGACUUUACGAUUUACCAGGUAAUCCAACCUCUUCACUCACUUGCCUCCAGGCGAGCUCCUUUUUAUUCCGAUUCGGUAAUUGAAAGAAAAGGUAGCAUAUAAUUCGGCACACCCGCACACCGACACGAUCAGUUUGUCUGUGAACACCCGUCCGUUUUCAUAUGUCACCCAGCAACCUUCGUGCUAAUUAGUUGUCAUGACACAAAUAUCUGCUCAAAUUGAGACAUUUUGAGCUCCUGCCCAAAUCGUGUUAUUCGCGCCGGCAGAGUAGUAGUAGGAGUGUCUAAUCGCUUCUUUACAUUGACUUAACAUGUAAAUCAUUCGCGCGAAUGAUUUUACUUGCGCUUGGUGUGUGAAGACAGUUAGGCUUUCUUGAGAUUAUUUUACAUGAUUAUCCUCUAAAACAGUUUGUAUUUGGGUCAUUGUGACAAAAAAAGGUGCUUCAGAGGAGAAUAAAUUGAUCUUUUUUUCACUAAAUAUGAGCCGUACACUUGUUAUGGUUGAUAAGAUAAGAGCAGACAAUCACACAGGAUCAUUUCCUCCGUGCAGCUUUAUUCUUUUGUGUUUUUUGGUUUUGGAAAAGCUUAAAGGAGGUACCUUACCACACUCCUCCUGAACAGAGAGGAUCUGUCUUGCUCCGGCUCCACGUAAACCCGGCGUGACAGGCCUGCUGAGCGUAGCCGCCGUUUUUUAAGAUUGAAGCGGACAAUCACUAUUCACGGGUUUUAACGAGCAGCCACAUGAAGGGGAUUCACUUUUUAUGCUUUUUCUGAACCGGGGAUGAACCAGUAUUUUUAUGUGAUUGUUAUGAAACUUCACAGACCACAACGAGGUGAAGAGGAGCAAGAGUCAACUCAAGGCCAGGGAUAAUGUCCGGGUGCUGAUCUGCAUCGAGUCUCUCUGCCACAGAUACACGUAAGUAUUACGCACCAUUACACAACCAUAAUCCAGAUUUGGAGACACGUUUGGACUAUUUGAGGCCUCAAUAGAUCGUAACCUCCGUGUGUGAUGAGUUAUAGCUCAUAUCAAAGUUUAAAGUAUCAAUCCGAUCUGCAGAAGUCAUUUUCCCGCCCCUGACCGCACUUUCCAUUCUCGAUUUUUCUAUCCUCAAACUGUUUACUCUGCUCAUGUAACAGUUAUUUUAACGGCGUUAAACGCUGCCUCGACUUUCACCAGAAUUUACGGCUUGUUAAAGGUGUUGUCUGUUACACUUUGUGUGGAACCAGUGUGGCAUUUCCUGUAUUAAAGCAGAGCAGGUCUUUAAAGGGAAACGUCCUCUCGCUCAGAGCCCCUGUCCCCUAACUGAUCUUUAUAGACUCACCUUUGACCCCUGCAGACUGCCUGUUUUAUUUAGCACUAAAAUGUCCUUGCCUUGGAUGUGGGAGACAGAUAAUGAAGUAUCGCGUUCAUCCACAUGACAAAAAAAAAAUCCCCCAACAAAUCCAGUGGUGAUUCAAAUAUUUCAAAAUUACUAUUUAUAUAAAGUCAGUAAAACUUGAAAAGAAUUGCUCCCCAAAGUCUGCUCCCGAGUUCUCAGCCUCGUUUCUAGCGUGGUACUAUGAGGGGAACGUAUAAAUAAUAUUAUUAUGAUGGGUUUUCUAACCCAAAUGAGUCCUCGGCUCCCUCUUUUUAGAGCCAAAACCCCAGCCAGUCUCACUCUCCCACACAUGAAAAUGCAGAGAAUGUGCAAUGAGGCUCAUUGUGAUGGCAGUUGGAGUGAAGACAAACAUGAUUGAUUUGCCAUAAAAAAUGUAGCAUUUUCCACUUAACAGGAGCCAGUGCUCACACUGUGUGGUUACGGCCUGCAGCCAUGCUAUAACCAUCGAGGCUCCGGGAGCAGUGGGUGUUUAAAGACGCUUUGACGUUUAGGAAAAUAUGCUAACUGUCUGUUUCACACAGUUAGUGACAAAGGCAUGAAACAGCCUGGCCAGCUUUAUGUAUGCAGAGUCAUGGUUAAAGCGCUACUGAAUAACUUAUUAACAUAACCGUGUUGUCACAGGCCUGUGUGUGGUAAUAGACACCAGUGAGAGAAGUGGUUUUUGGGGUUGGGCCUUCACCGGCUGCUGAACAAAAACACGACCUAAUGACUGCUUUCACUGACACUUUAUUUUGUGAAGAAUCGUGUUCAGGUUUUAGCGUUAAGGCUGUCUUCAAGAACCCUUUUAUACUGUCUGAUCAUGACAGGACUGAGCUGCUGGAGUCACUUCUACCAGGUUCAAAUUAGGGAUGCAUGAUGUUUAACUUUUUUCCAACGUCUGAUAUGCCGAUAUAUGUUUACAUUAGGGCUGGGCGAUAAACCAAAAAUUUGCCAAUACCAAAAUUUACAUCAAUAACCGACGUCAUUUUGCCCAUAUCAUAGGGUGACCAUAUGUCCUCUUUUACCCAGACAUGUCCUCUUUUUGAGGGCCUGUCAAGCCUAUCCGGCCUUGUCCCGCUUUGUCUGGGUGGGUUUAAAAAAUCCUUCAAAUGUUCAGGGUUUUGGAAGUAAGUUUUGAGUUUGAGUGACACCGACUUACGGGUUCAAAGCACGUAAAAAAAAAAUUGGACCUGAAAAAUUCUCAAAAUUAACUACUCACAACCCCAUGACUCCACCCUGCGUAGUCGUUUCCUCUUUUUGGGGAUUCAGAAUAUGGUCACCCUUACUUAGAAUAAACUAAAUAGUAAGCGGGUCUUUCACAAGUAUCAUUCAGCUCUUCUUCUCCCUCUCUGAGUUUGCAGUUGACACACUUAGAAAAAAAAAGGGUGGAUUCCCUUGCCUGGAUUGCAGGACAGGAUCCACUUGGGCUGGGCGAUAAACCGCCAACCCUCCAAAUGCAGGUUAAAAUUCAUUUUGGCGGGUGUUAAUAAAAACUUACUAGCCAGUUUGACCGGUGAUGCAUGAGGCAAUUGUGUCAGUCAGAUAUGCUCUAGCGUUCUGCUCUUGGUCGUUUGUCUCCCUGGCAGUAAUUCCUACAUUUCCCGUAACUACUGUGCCAUAACACUAUGUUAUGACGUUUCCUACACCUAUUAGCUUUGCGAAUGCCGGUAUUUCCCGCUGCAGUCUACAGUGCAACCAACGUGAGAAACGAACAGAGUGAGAGCAGGGAGUUUCGUAAAAACAGCGGAGCUUAAGUUUAGCUAGAGUAAAACUAAACUAAAUGUGGCGGUGGUUUAACUUUGGAUAGACGAGUUUGGGCAAGAAUAGUAAGGAUGGAGGAAAUGAGGAAAUUGGCGACAAAGCGUGCGAAACGAUUUUUUUUUUUCAGUAUUUGCCGCAUGUACGCAAAAGAAAAAACAAAUUGGCCGGUGGAAAUUCUGAUUGGCUGGUAACUCUCAAUGUCCUGCCACAAAGUUAAUUUAGAACCCUGAUUAUAAUGUGUGUAAAAUAUAGGUUUGAAACACAACUUUAAAAUCCGAACUGUCCCUUUAAUCUGUUCCUAGCUCUCUGGAGAUGAUAGUUGGAUUGGAAAGUAACAGCAAGAUCUUCACUGUCGGUGUCCAAGGGCUCCUGGAGCUACAGGUAAGAAGAACCAAAAAUGGACUCAAGAGCUUAACGUCCACAUUUGUCUGCAUCAUUGUUGUAUCUCGUCUUCUGCAGGCUGGGCAGUACACCUCCAUAUUUGUGGAUAACGCCGCCGGAGCGUCCAUUACAAUACAGAACGGCUCUGAUUUCAUGGGCAUGCUGCUUGGAGUAUAGCCUCACACGUGAUUCUCAAAGGACUCGCACACACAACCAAACCACAGAGAGGUUUGAAGGAAGUGACGUUGACUUGACUGCUCGUCAGAUUGGUAAAAGGACAGUGUGAAAAACUCGAGGACUGAGUUUGUUUUUCACAGCGGGCUGCCACUUCCCCCCGAGGAGCUUACAUGACUGUUGCUACACCAAUAAAACAACCUGAAAACAAAGCAGUGAACAGAUCCGUCUCAGUAUACUCAAACGGUUGUUACAGACCUUCGUGGUACACCAAAUAUCAACGUUUUUGAUGUUUCAAUGUACACUGACAUGUUAAUAUGAUCUUUUACGUACACAGUCAUGAACUGUAGUUAUUUUUAUCAUGGAUUUUAUGUGUUAAAUGGUACAUAGAGUGCGAGUACACUGGACAUUUGACGUAUGCUCAGAGUACGGAAUAAUAUGGCUUCACCAGAUCUUGUAAAAGUGAUGUUGGACGUAUGUAAUCUACCUGAUUUGUAACACGGCUCGAACUGCAUUUCUGCCUCUGGUUGGCCUACUUCUGCGACAGAAAUAUCCCAAAUAUCGUCUGUCCCUUUUGUUGUUUUACUUGGUGCUCACAUCUGCAACUACGGUCGCUACGAUGUGGUUAUGGCGUAGAGAAAUUGUAACCAAAACUUAAGACUCGUUUAGGUGGGCGCUAAAUGACGACUCCAACACAGAGUACAGAAAUGGUUAAUCUUGUUUUUUAAUAAUCUCAUUUUAUUCUGCAGGUCAUCAGUACAAGAGUGGGAUUAUGUCACGAUCGCUUAAAUCUCCUCACAGCAUCGUUAAUCGAAAUAAACACGCUAACGGGACAGAGAGAUUGAUAAACGCUAGCACGUUAGUAUUGUUAACGUAAGAAAGCUAGCAUGAAAACAUGAAAAUCGUGCAGUUUCAAAGAUGUAGACUCUCAAUGUUGGUUACUCAUGAUACCACGGGAAAAUAAUGAUCCACUCGCAUGGUCAAAAACAUGGACUUUGCUCUACGCUAAUUACGCUAGCAGUACGUUGCUUUAUUUCGAAAACUCAACUUUUUUUUUUAUAAACUAAAAUUUUCCAAUCUUUUAUUUUUUAUUGUAUGAUAUUUCUUUUAACAUGUAGAUGUUUGUAAUUUAUCAUAACUGAAACACCAGUAACAUGGGCGACGCUGAUAUUUUGAUAUGGUAUUUAUGUCCGAGGAAAUAUAUGAUUCACAUCAGUCUUUUAAACUGUUCAAAGUCAAAAAUUAUUGCAAGAAAAAAUAUGUCUUUUUGCAUUUUUUUAAACCAUAUUAUGCUCUAUAUUGAAAUUAAACUUUUUAUUAAAUGUUA